AUGUGGAGAGUAAGAGGUGGAAGUUGCAAUUCCUUUUUCUUUUGGUACGAGAAUGAUGGAAAUGACAAAAAUGUGCCUUUUUUUUCUUUUUUCUUGCUGCUGCUUAUGCAUUACAGAGUUCCUUUUGGUUGGGCGUUGAUGACUUUUGUGUUUGAGGCCCGACGUCUUCCCUUUGGCGACGCGGUGGUGCCACCCCACUGCCUAAACGUCAUGAACCCCGGCAGUUGUGGUGGUGUCAACAUAGAUGAGGCAUGGCUGGUGGGGCUCCCGGCGUGGAAAAAGCGUCUCUUGCCGCCUGUGUUAGACGUUGUGCAGCAGCACUACGGCUCCUCUUCCUUCUCCUCCUCCUCCACUGCCGUGUCGUGCGGUGUUGAGGCUGAGUUGUUGGGGUGGACGGUGGCGUUGCGCAUUGUGGAGGAACUACCGGAGCUGGAGACGGCCUACAGUCGAAUCCUCGAGUACCGUGAGCGACAACGCACGGGCGAAAUGACGGCAGAGGAGCUCAUGAUGGAGGAAUUGCUGCGCGAACGUAUGGGCAAAGACUUUUUAGGGGAAGAGGAGGAGGAUGAGAGCAGUUCUUUGGACGAGGACGACGAUAAAAGGGCAGAAGAAGUUGAUAUUGCCAUGUGCUUUAAUUUGGACGGUGAGGUGGUGAGCAUUGGAUCCGCAAAUUUAUUUGGUGGCCAUGGCUAUCAUGAGAGGAAGAAACCAUGA